AUGGACGACAGGCCUACACCCAAAGAUAGCGACAUUCCGGGAGGCUUCCCAGAGUCGCCGCCUGGUCCAACGCCACAAAUCGAAAGAAAUUUUCCGUUGGUGACAUCUCAAUUCCGCGAUUCACGUUCCCACGUCAACACGCCGACCACGAGACCAGGACCAACAGUAGGAGGCAAUUUCGCCUCGAGCUCUUCAUCUUUGACUGAAAAGGAAGACGAGAAACUCGAUACUGCGAGUCAAGAUGCUGGCUCCGAAGAGCGGUUUGCUCCGCUGCGCACCAUUUCACAACCUGUAAGAGCGACAAACAGCAAUCAAAGGCCAGCAUUUGAGCGCAAAAAGACCAGCUACACAGAAGAUGAUAUUUUUCGAGCGUUAUCAAGAAGGCGCACAAACGGGACGCAUGCCUCAGCCCCAGUCGAAAGCGGCGAGGAGGAAGGCGAGGAGAUCGAACGACUAGUCUCGAGGAUGUUUGGUCAUGAGCGUCAGCAGCAAAGCGACGAGGAGAAGACGCGACGCAGCGGCGUCAUCUUCAGGGACCUGACCGUCAAGGGAGUCGGUCUAGGCGCCACUCUGCAGCCCACUGUCGGCGACAUCUUCCUGAAGCUGCCCCGCAAGAUGAAGCACCUCUUGACCAAAGGACCGCGCGCCGCAUUCGCAAAGCCACCGGUGCGAGAGCUCAUUUCUCACUUUGACGGUUGCGUGCGCCCUGGUGAGCUGCUGCUGGUGCUGGGGCGCCCCGGAUCCGGCUGCAGCACCUUCCUCAAGGCCUUUUGCAACCAGCGCGCCGGCUUCGAGUCCGUCUUGGGUGAUGUUUCUUACGGAGGAGUCGAUGCCAAGACCAUGGCCCGCGACUUCCGUGGCGACAUUAUCUACAACCCCGAAGAAGAUCUGAACUAUGCCACGCUCUCUGUCAAGCGCACUCUCCACUUUGCGCUCGAGACUCGUGCACCCGGGAAGGAAUCUCGUCUUGAAGGGGAGAGCCGAGAAGACUAUAUCCGUGAGUUCUUGCGUGUCAUUACCAAGCUGUUCUGGAUUGAGCACACCCUCGACACCAAGGUUGGCAAUGAGUAUGUGCGGGGUGUAUCGGGAGGCGAGAGGAAGCGUGUCAGCAUCGCCGAAGCCAUGAUCGCGAGAGCUUCAGUCCAGGGUUGGGAUAAUUCCAGCAAGGGCCUUGACGCCAGUACUGCUGUCGAAUAUUUGCGGUCAAUCAGAGCUAUGACCAACAUGGCCAACACGUCCACAGCCGUGUCAUUAUACCAGGCCGGCGAGUCGCUGUACGAGCUCGCUGACAAGGUGCUGCUCAUCGACGCGGGGAAGUGUCUCUAUUUCGGACCGUCGGAGCAAGCCAAGCAGUACUUUAUUGACCUUGGCUUUUCCUGUCCCGAGCGAUGGACCACGGCAGACUUCCUUACCUCGGUCACGGACCCGCACGAACGACACAUCCGCCAGGGCUGGGAGGACAGGUUUCCGCGGACCCCUGAGCAGUUUUCCGAGGCUUACAGGCGUAGCAAUAUCUAUCGCGCCAACCUCGAAGACAUGUCUCGACUGGAGGCGGAGCAGCAGCAGCAGGUCGAAGCUCGCGCCGCCAUCGAGGCCGGCAAGCCUAAGCGUCAGCGCACCAAGAACUACGAGAUACCGUUCCACAAGCAGGUCAUCGCUUGCACCAAGCGUCAGUUCCUGGUCAUGAUCGGUGACAAGGCUUCUCUGCUGGGCAAAUGGGGUGGUCUUGUGUUUCAGGGUCUAAUCAUCGGUAGUCUCUUCUUCAACCUCCCCGAGACCGCGUCCGGUGCCUUCCCACGCGGUGGUGUGCUCUUCCUCCUGCUGCUGUUCAACGCCUUACUGGCGCUGGCCGAACAGACUGCCGCGUUCGAAUCCAAGCCUAUUCUUCUCAAGCACAAGUCCUUUUCCUUUUACCGCCCCUCCGCCUACGCCAUCGCGCAGACCGUGGUAGAUGUGCCACUUGUCUUUAUCCAGGUCGUCCUAUUCACUGUCAUCAUAUAUUGGAUGUCCCACCUGGCGCGGACGGCGUCGCAGUACUUUAUCGCCAACUUGAUCCUCUGGCUGGUUACCAUGACGACUUAUUCCUUCUUUCGUGCCAUAUCAGCCUGGUGCGGAACCCUGGACGUCGCCACGCGCUUUACUGGUCUCGCAGUUCAGAUUCUCGUCGUGUAUACAGGCUAUCUGAUUCCCCCGACAUCCAUGCCAGUUUGGUUUGGUUGGUUACGAUGGAUCAACUGGUUACAGUAUGGAUUCGAAUGCUUGAUGUCAAAUGAAUUUUAUACACAGGAGCUCACAUGCAAUGGGCCCUUUCUUGUUCCCCAGGGACCCCAAGCAGAGCCGCAAUAUCAAGGGUGUACUCUCGCUGGCAGCACUCCUGGCGAUUCAACUGUCAGUGGUGCAAACUACAUCAACGAGUCGUUUGAUUACACCCGCGCUCACCUCUGGCGGAACUUUGGAUUUCUGUGGGCGUUUUUCAUCUUCUUUGUGAUUCUCACAGCAGUCGGCAUGGAGAGAAUGAAGCCCAACAAGGGGGGCGGUGCCAUAACCGUCUUCAAGCGGGGACAGGUACCCAAGCAGCUGGAGAGUACUAUCGAGACAGGUGGUAAGGGAAAGGGAGGGAACGAAAAAGAUGAGGAAGUCGGAACACCGGGAUCAGAUUCUCAAACCGCGAUAUCACCAGGUGAAGGCUCAACUGAAGAUGAGGACAAAACAUCAAAUCAGGUGGCCAAGAAUGAGACCAUCUUCACCUUCAGAGACGUCAACUAUGAGAUCUCGAGCAAGGGUGGCAAACGCAAGCUUCUCUCUGACGUUCAAGGAUAUGUCCGACCCGGGAAGCUUACGGCUUUGAUGGGUGCUUCUGGUGCCGGAAAAACCACCCUCCUCAACACCCUCGCUCAGCGCAUUCAAACAGGAACUGUGACGGGCGAAUUCCUUGUUGAUGGCCGACCCCUUCCUAAAUCCUUUCAACGAGCCACCGGAUUUGCAGAGCAAAUGGAUAUCCAUGAGCCCACCGCCACCGUUCGUGAAGCUCUCCAGUUCUCGGCCUUGCUGAGACAACCCCGCGAAGUUCCCAAGCAAGAAAAGCUCGACUACUGCGAAACAAUUAUCGACCUGCUCGAGAUGCGAAGCAUCGCUGGUGCCACGAUUGGCAACGUCGGCGAGGGUCUCAACACCGAACAGCGCAAGAGGUUGACGAUCGGAGUUGAACUAGCCUCGAAACCCGAGUUGCUCAUGUUCCUGGAUGAACCGACUUCUGGGCUCGAUUCAGGGGCUGCUUUCAAUAUCGUUCGCUUCUUGAGAAAGCUCGCCGAUGCAGGGCAAGCAGUCUUGUGUACCAUACAUCAACCAUCGGCUAUUCUUUUUGAAAACUUUGACGAGCUGCUCCUGCUCAAGGCCGGAGGCCGCGUGGUCUACCACGGUCCGCUUGGCCACGAUAGCCAGGACCUGUUGGGUUACCUAGAGUCCAACGGAGCGCAAAAGUGCCCACCUAAUGCCAACCCGGCAGAGUAUAUGCUUGAAGCCAUCGGAGCCGGCGAUCCGGACUACAAGGGCCAGGAUUGGGGUGAUGUGUGGGAGAAGUCCAAAGAGCGCGAGGCAAGGAGCCGCGAGAUUGACGACAUGAUAUCUCAACGGCAAAAGGUCGAACAAACCGACAGCCUGCGUGACGAACGUGAAUACGCCAUGCCUCUGUCCACUCAAAUGUCCGCAGUUGUGCGCCGCUCCUUCGUCUCAUACUGGCGCAACCCAGGCUACCUCGUCGGCAAGUUUAUGCUGCACAUCCUAACGGGACUCUUCAACUGCUUCACCUUCUUCCGGAUAGGGUUCGCGUCAAUCGACUACCAGAACCGACUCUUCUCCAUCUUCAUGACCCUCACCAUCUGCCCGCCCUUGAUCCAGCAGCUGCAGCCCGUCUUCAUCGACUCGCGGCAGAUAUUCCAGUGGCGCGAAAACAAGGCCAAGAUCUACAGCUGGUCCGCCUGGGUCACGGGCGCGGUGCUCGCCGAGAUACCCAUCGCCAUCCUCGCCGGCGCAGUCUACUUCAACUGCUGGUGGUGGGGCAUCUUUGGCUGGCGCGACAUCAUGCCCGGCUCCUCGUCGGCCUUUGCCUUCCUCAUGGUCGUGCUCUUCGAGCUGUACUACGUCAGCUUCGGCCAGGCCGUGGCUGCCUUUGCGCCCAACAAGCUCCUGGCCUCGCUGCUCGUGCCGCUCUUCUUCACCUUCAUCAUCAGCUUCUGCGGCGUCGUCGUGCCCCCGGCGCAGAUCCCCACGUUCUGGCGGGAGUGGAUGUACUGGCUCUCGCCGUUCCACUACCUCCUCGAGGCCCUCUUGGGCGUGGCCGUUCACGACCAGCCGCUGCAGUGCCAGCCGGACGAGUUCGCCCGGUUCGAGCCGCCGCCGGGGUCGUCGUGUGAGGAAUACGCAGGCCAGUACGUCCAGCAGGCUGGAGGGCGGCUGCAGACCGGCCAGGGAGGCAUGUGCGAGCUGUGUCAGUACGCCGACGGCGAUCAGUUUGCGGCGAGUUUCAGCGUGUACUACUCCAACCGGUGGCGCGACGUGGGCAUCUUUUGCGGUUUCAUUGUUUUCAAUUAUUUCGUCGUCUAUCUGGCUACUUGGCUCAAGUUCAAGGGGAAAAAUCCGCUUCGCGUGUUUGGCAAGCGGAAGAGUGGCUGA